UUAUACGGGGGGCCUACAGAACUCUAAUUACGAUUGCCAAGUUAAAAUGAGGGGCAAACUUCACAUGCGCCAUGUAAUUGUUUAUUCGGAAAUAAUGAACUGAAAUGUAAAACUCGGGAUAGCGUAUAGGAAGCAUAUUAUAAUCGCUUUAAUUAUAUUCCUUUCUGAGCGCCUAUCGAAAAUUCAGGAUGCGGUUUAACAUAUCCGUUAAACUAUGGCAAAAUUAAUGUUUCAGUAGUCGCGCAGGGAAAACGGUACACGUAGAACCCUUAGCUACCGUAGGGGUGUAAAAAGACCACAUUUUCGGAAAACCGUUCGCAUAUUCCACCAAGAAGUCAUCACUACCCGAGAGUCAUCUCUAGUUAAUCGCGUUCUAGAUGGAGUAUGAUUAUUUAAUAAAAUUCCUAGCACUAGGAGAUUCUGGUGUGGGUAAGACAAGCUUCCUGUACCAAUACACCGAUGGAGUCUUCAACGCUAGGUUCAUUUCGACCGUUGGAAUAGAUUUUCGAGAGAAACGCCUAGUCCACCAGUACAAAGGAAGGAACCACCGAAUUAAUUUGCAGCUGUGGGACACAGCGGGACAAGAGAGAUUCCGUAGUCUAACAACAGCAUUCUAUCGGGAUGCCAUGGGAUUCCUACUUCUGUUUGAUCUCACUAACGAAAAGUCAUUUCUCGAAAUACGUAACUGGAUAGAACAACUGCGGAUGCAUGCGUACUGCGAAACACCAGAUAUAGUGCUCUGUGGUAACAAAGCAGAUUUGGAAGACCGACGAGUAAUUAAGGAAUGGCGCGCCAAGGAGUUUGCCGAUAAAUUGGGGAUUUCUUAUUAUGAAACGAGUGCAGCUACUGGACAAAAUGUGGCAAUAGUCAUAGACGCACUUCUGGAAAAAGUUAUGAUUCGAAUGGAAUCUGCUGUCGACAAGGCUGUGCUUCCAGGACGUAGAGGUAGAUCGAGAGAUUUGAAUGAACCGGAAGAGUACAGUCCGGUCGCAUCAUCAUCAUGUUCUUGCUGACAUUAAUGCCACUUUUCUUCAAAUUUGUAUUUAUUUUCAAAAUAUAGAUCUAGAGUUGUAGAUUUUGGAAUUCAUAUAUUGUACCCUUUAGAAUAAGUGAUGUAAUCACCUUGUUUACUGUUGUGAAUAAAGUUUAUUUAAUAUUAA